CGAUAAUCUGAUUAGGAUUAAUUUAUAAUAAAGUUUGAAAUAAUAAACACCUUAUUCUAUUAAUGAUUCAGCUCUGUGAUAUAAAACAUCUCAUCUAAUCAUGAGAAUCUUAUCAACUUCAUAUUUUUUAUUUGCACUGUUUAUUGUUGAAGGAUAUUCAGCAGCCUUAAACAAAACAAAAAGUGCGCUCAGAAUAGUUGGAGGUCAAGAUGCUCUAAUUCAGGAUUAUCCGUAUCAAGUUUCAAUUCUCUUUUAUGGAAAACAUGGAUGCGGUGGUUCGAUAAUCAAUCCAAAUUACAUUUUGACAGCAGCACAUUGUACUUAUGAUGUUACGGAAUCGGUGCUGGCUGUACGAGUAAACUCUUCCUUUAGAGAUGAGCAGGGUACAUUAUACGAGGUAGAAAAAAUCUUCGUACAUGAUGGGUUUGACGAUAGCACGUACGACAACGAUAUUAGCAUUCUUCGUCUUGCAAGACCUUUAUCCUUUGGAACGGGAGUCAGUCCAAUCUCAUUAGCAACAGCUGGAACGCAAAUAACUGACGGUUUAGAAGCAUAUGCUACGGGAUGGGGUCGUUUGGGAGAGCAUCUGCCAGCUUCUCAUCAGUUACAAGUCGUUAUGUUACCUGUCAUUUCUACCGAGACAUGUGCUGAAUAUUAUCCUAGUGGAUGGGUUACGAGGAGGAUGUUCUGUGCCGGUUAUUACGAGCAAGGAGGAAAAGAUACAUGUGAGGGUGAUUCCGGAGGACCACUUGUAGUAUCUGGAAUUCAAAUUGGAGUAGUAUCCUGGGGAACAAUAUGUGCAGCUCCUAAGAGGCCUGGAGCUUUUACGAAAUUACCAGAAUUCGUCGAUUAUAUUAAUUCUAUAAUAUAUAAUAAUUAAAAUAUAUUGUGUUUAUUUAUGAACUAAAAUGAAUAAAAGAUUAUUUAAGGCAAUUGUAUCGAAUAAAUAAAUUCAUUUAUUCAUUA